CAGGUCGCUCGAGUCAACGCUGGUUCCGCUGGCCGACCACCAGAUAUCGGUGCUGAUCACCAACUCGAACGUGCGUCACGCGCUGACCGGGUCCGAGUACCCGAGCCGGCGGCGCGCCUGCCACGAGACGGCCCGUCUGCUCGGGGUCAAGGCACUGAGAGAUGCUUCGAUGGCGCUGCUCGACGAGCGGAAGGCAGACAUCUCUGAGGAGGACUUCCGGCGAGCCCGGCACGUGGUGACGGAGAUCGCGCGCACCGAGGCGGCGGCCACGGCCUUCGCUGACGGAGACUACGCCACCGCUGGCCGGCUGAUGAACGAGAGCCACGCCUCGCUCAGGGACGACUUCGAGGUGUCGUGUGCAGAGCUGGACCAGCUGCAGGAGCUGGCCUCCUCGGUGGACGGCGUGUUCGGGUCGCGCAUGACCGGCGGCGGCUUCGGCGGCUGCACCGUCACCCUGCUGAAGCAGACGUCGGUGGAGGCCUGCAUAGCGCGGAUGCGUGAGGGCUUCUCGGGCUCGGCCACCUUCUAUGUGUGCCGGCCGGCUGACGGCGCCCGCGUCGUCCCCACGUAGGGCCACCGCAGGGAGGCUGCGCAGGCUGAGCAGGACCCGAGGCUGAUUGCGCUGGAGGGAGACGGCGGAAUGACAACGCCCUGGGGGACCGUAUGCGUACUGAGACCGGGGGAGGCUGCGGGACUACACCACCCAGACUGCAGGAGCACCGAACCGAGGUCGGCAGCACCACACGGAGAGGCUGUAGUGCUGCACGGACCGAGGGAAAGGGAGACGGGGACCGCGCUGGCCGACGCAGUGCCGCGCCAGAGGGUCAGGACCGAGCCGGUCUGCGUCAAGCCGGAGUGGCGACCCCGCCGACCUCUGCUCGUGUCGCGCGCCCUGCCUGCGUGCGGGAGGAAGGUUAAAAGUCAGGGGUCAGAGGGCGAUGUCGUCCGUCGCUCAGGCAUUCGGGUAGUCUUUGACUUGGAUCACGAAGGAAACGCUCAGCCCAAUUUAUUUCAGGUUUACUUGGGGACAGGGCAGGCCAUUUUAUGAAGUUAAAGGGCGCGUGGACGUCGGCCAUUUUGCGCCCAUGACUAGAGCUAAGGAAGUGUCACUCAGUGAUAAUUUACGCGAUUUGAGCGUGACAGAAGUUAAUGAGCGACCUUAGUUACAGCUGACUGAAUGAUUACGAGCCCCUGGCCGACAUUGGUAGUCCAAACGGACGAUUUUUAUAGAAGCUUGCACUUAACAUUGCCCGCGACUCAGUACAAAUCAGAUAAAAAGAUGGAAGGAUCGAUUCAGCUAAUUAAUUCCACCGGCCGUAUCCAACUGCGGGCCUCCGUCGACAGGUGUUGGCCGUCUGCACCCGUCUUGUCCGUGUGUGUGUGUGUGUAGGCGUGCAAAUGUGCAGAAACCGAGCUGUAUCUGGACCACCACUGACGUCGCAUGACGGACCAGCCCGAUCGCCGCCAUUGAAACGCGCAGCUUAGUUUAGGGAUAGCAAUACACGAC